AUGAUUUUUAAAACAUUGGAUACUGGUAUUGAAUUCUACAAACAUUAUGCUUCCAAAGUUGGGUUUGACACGAGGUCUAGUUCCGUCGUUACAGCACGUGACGGGACAAAAAUUCAAAAGCAAAUCGUUUGCAACAGAGAAGGAUUUAAGAAUACAGGAGCUCAACAUUGUCACUCGCAGUCAAGUGCAGAUGCAGGGGAAGGUCCUUCCCGUCCAAAGCGGCGUAGGGUUUCAAACAGAACUGGUUGCAGAGCUAGGAUUAUGUUUAAGUACAUUGGAGCAGCUGGUGUUCACCAAAAGUUUAUACUCGACUGUGCUAAAGCAAAUAUUGGAGCAUCAAAAUCACACGGUUUAUACAGUCAUAUUGUGGGGGAUUACUCUGAAGUUGGAGCAACAGUAGUGGACUUUAAAAAUGUCAGAAGGGAUCUCAGAGCAUACAUAUUGGGAGCUGAUGCACAAAUACUGGUGCAUAAUCUUAUUAAGAAACAAGAGAUGUGCCCUGCAUUUGCUUUUGACUACGAGGUUGAUGAAGAUGAGCAGAUGAGCAGACUGUUUUGGGCAGAUCCAAUGUCAAAAAAGAAUUUUGCUGCAUUUGGAGAUGUUGUCUCUUUUGAUGCCACGUACUCAACAAACAGGUACAAUGUGGCAAUGGGUAUGGAACCAAGAAUAAUUGUCACCGAUCAAGAUCCAGCUAUGAAAGUGGCGAUUCCAACAGUUUUCAAGCAAGCCAGGCAUCGUUAUUGCAUGUGGCACAUCAUGUGUAAAGUUGGGGAAAAGGUGGGUCCUACGCUGAACAAGGAUGAAGAAUUCAAGAACAAACUGAACUCAAUCGUUUGGACGUCAUCUUUGGAACCUCCUGAUUUUGAGAAGCAUUGGAGAGAGCUAAUGGAAAAGUACAACUUAGUCGAACACAACUAG